ACACACAUAACACGUCAAUGGCACCUGGGAAAGUUUUCCCAAAACGUCUUUUCGAUGCUGUUAAAAUGUCGUUGCGUACUGUCCUAACCUCGCCGGAAUCCUCCGACAAAAGCUUCUUCCGCCGCUUUCUUGAGGUUAGAAGUGUGUAUGGCCACUCCGACAUUCCCUCACUUCCGGCGAGAGACAAACUCAGGGACAAAUUCAAAGGCAUCGGGACCGUUGAUCUUAAUGUUAAUCAUCCAACGGCUCCGGAUGCCAGCAGAAUUUUCAUCAAUGAUGCGAGGAAGACUCUUAGGACUUUGCAGAUGGAAAAAGUGAAAGCGAAGCUGAGAGACAUUCCUCACACCUCAAUUUCUUACUCUCACUACUUUGGAAUCUGUCUUCAGCACUGUGAUUACAAUCAACGUCAAGCCACGGAGUUCGCCGAGACAUUGGAUCACUCUGGAAAUGUCAUCGUUUCCGGUGACGUCGUUUUUCUACGCCCAGAACAGGUAGCUAAAACAAUUGGGAGGUUGAUAUCUGAAUCAAUACCAAAUCCAAAGGACCCUAGAAGGAAGGAGUUGGAGAUGAUGGAAAAGCAAAAGUCAAUGAUUGAUGAAAAGGCCAAGGCCCAGGUGCGAUGCGAGCUUUACUGUGGGCUGGGCUUCUUAACCGUUCAAACAAUUGGGCUGAUGAGACUUACUUUCUGGGAAAUAGGCUGGAAUGUGAUGGAGCCCAUAUGUUUUUAUCUGAUGUCUCCGUAUUUCUCUUUAGCAUACAUGUUCUUCCUAAGGACAUCAACACAACCCACCUUCCAGGACUAUUUCCAAAGCAGGUUUAAGACAAAACAACAGCGUCUUAUGAAGAUUUACAAUCUUGACAUUCAAAGGUACAACUACCUUUGUAAAGCAUGUUAUGUUCCUGCCAAAUCCCAACCUUUUUCGCCUUAAAACCACAUUCAUCAUUCAAACCCUUUCUCCACCACCACCACCACAUUUCAUUUAUCACUUUUGUUUAACAUUUCAAAACACAGUGAUCAUAAGGUACAUAUCCAAUUAGUUAAGAUUUUUUACUAGUUAAGCUCAAUUAUAACUCUUCACCUUUAGAAAUGUCGUAUCUCGUUGAAAAAAAUAAAUAUGUUUGAA